UUAGAUUGCAAGCUAUUGGGCCAGGCUCUCGUAUGUUUCUGACUGUGAUUGCUAGUAAAGGAUGGACGGAUUCACUGUUACGCUUCUCUCAGCCUCGUUCUGUGUAGCCUACAUUAUAAUGUGCUAUGUGAAGAUAUUUAAAGAGAAGUCAACGCUUCCUCCCGGUCCCUUCCCCCUACCCCUCAUCGGAAACCUUCUGCAAAUCGAUACCAACAAUAUUGUGACAUCAAUGAAUAAGCUAAAAGACAAGUAUGGGCCAGUCUUUACCUUAUACCUGGGGCCCAAUCCAGGGCUUGUUAUAUGUGGCUAUAACGCCGUAAAAGAGGCUCUGAUUGACCAAGGUGACGCAUUCGCAGACAGAGGAGACUAUCCGGUGUUCUUGAACUACCUCGGCAAACACGAUAUUGGAUUUACCAACGGGGAGAAAUGGAAGAGUCUAAGACGCUUUGCUCUUAUCACAUUGAGAAACUUUGGGAUGGGGAAGAAGAGCAUAGAGGAGCGGAUUCAAGAGGAGGCUUCCUUCCUUAGAGCAGAACUCUCCAAAACAAAGAGAUCACCGACUGAUCUUACCGCCUACUUUGCCAACACAGUGUCCAAUGUAAUCUGCUCCAUUGUUUUUGGGAGUCGCUUUGACUACGAGGACAAGAGGCUGAUGGCAAUAACCAACAGCAUUAACAACAAUUUUCGUAUAAUGAGCAGCAUGUGGGGCACGCUCUACAACAUGUACCCUGAUCUCAUGGACUAUCUGCCCGGUCCUCACCAGAGAAUGCGCAAAAAUUAUCAGGAUAUAACCGACAUUGUCCUAGAAAGUAUAAAAUACCACGAGAAGACGUUGGACCCCAAUUGUCCCCGAGACUACAUUGACUGCUUCCUCAUCAAGAUCAUGCAGGAUUAUGGCAAGGAUCAACCUAAUCCAGUCUUUUAUAAAAAAUCUCUUCUGAUGAGUAUUCACAAUCUGCUGUUUGGUGGUACAGAGACUGUCAGCACCACUCUGAGAUAUGGUACUCUGAUCCUCAUGAAAUAUCCAGAGAUAGCAGAGAGAAUGCGAGAAGAGAUUGACCAGGUAGUGGGCAGGAACCGCAGUCCAUCAAUGGAAGACAGAAGCAAGAUGCCAUUCACCGAUGCCACCAUUAAUGAGAUAAUGAGAUUUUGUGAUGUCAUUCCUCUCAGCUUGCCUCGAAGUACCUCACGGGACACUUUUUAUAGAGGAUACAACCUCCCAAAGGGCACCUAUGUCACCCCCUUUUUGACUUCUGUCCACCGUGACCCCACACAGUUUGCGGAACCAUCCAAGUUUAACCCCAAACAUUUCCUGGAUGACAAAGGUUGCUUUAAGAAGGAGGAGGCACUCAUGCCUUUUGCUGCCGGUAAGCGGAUUUGUCCAGGAGAAACCCUGGCUCGAAUGGAGCUGUUUAUUUUCUUUACAUCUCUUCUGCAAAACUUCAACUUCAAUCCAACGAUAUCGAAAGAGGAGAUAAAGCUCGAGCCCAUCGCAACUGGCCUGGGCACGGUGCCCAUGGAUUACAAGUGCUGUGUUAUACCUCGUUAGUCACCCGCCCAGAUAAUUAAAUAACCCACACAUUUACUGUAAUAUCUAGGGAAGGAACCUACCUACACCUGCUCCACAUACGAAAUAUGAAAGGGGAGCUCUAGAAACAGCUUUAGUAA